AAUAUUUUAUUUGAUCGUCACUUAUCAAUGGAGAAUUUGAGUAAAGAACUCCAAAAGAUUAAUGAUUCCAUGCCUGAAGAUUCCUUGGAAAAAGCUGAGAUAUUGAGCCAGGAGCGGCUUUCAAGAGUAGUCAGUAAUUCUCAUAUUCAGUCACCCAAGGCUAACGCCUUGGUUUCUGAUAUGAUGAGCUCAUCGAAGGAGAGAAACGCAAUGCAGAGAGCUGCAAAAAGUUCAAUUGGAAUAUACUCUCCUUUUAAGAAUAAAGUUCCAAAAAGUAGCCUAAAUGGUUUUGAGGCAAGUUUUGGCAAACAGGCCUCACCAUAUGUCCCUUCUAAGAGAAGGAAAAGCUCUGUGAAGGGACCAGAAUUCGGCUCUAAGCGUACAGGGAAGAGAGCUCAAAAGAUCACAGGGAUAACUACUCAUGAGGAUCGGAGUAGUUCAGCUAUAAGCAUUAGAGAUAUCACGCCAGAGAUGGCUGCUCAGGUAGUGAAAAAUUAUUUAUUGCCAAUGUUUGAUGGCAACAAGAACGGAUAUUCUAAAACAAAGACUCGGAUAAGUAAAAACGAAGACAUUUCUGAUGAUCCUAACUUUAAGCCUAAGACAAUUUAUGGGGAGCUAAAGCUGUCGGAAAGAUUAUCCUCUCAACUUGAAGCUGUCAAGCUUGAACUGAAGCAGACUCAGGAGCGGCUAGAUAAUAAGAUCAAAGACUAUGGUGACCUGAAGCAGAAGUUUUCGAAUUUGAAAUAAGGUGAAUCGCACUUUGUCAAUGAAACAAUCAAUUUACGAAAAACAAAUAGAAAGCUUCAAAAACUUCAAACAAGUGACUGAGAAGGAGCAGAUGAACUCCAAAGUCAAGAUCAUGCAACUUGAGAAGAUGCUCAAAGAGAACGAGACAAAGAUGACUAACUUCUGACAAUCAUUACAGAAGGAAAAGGUGUUCAAUGAGAAAUUAAAAUAAUCAGCUAAUUGAGUUCAAGCAUACCAAAUCUUUGUCUAAGAUGGAAACCGAUAUCCUUGGAACGAGGCUUGCAAUUUUGAACAACUCCAUUAGAUCUCUGGGAACUGCAAAGGAGGCAGAAGAGCGGAACACAAUGAUCAUCACCCAGCUAAAGUCAGAUCUUGACAACAAGAUUAAGGAUUAUGAAAGGACUGAGAAAAAGGUCUCUGAUCUUCUAUCAGACCAUAAGGACUUAUAUUCUAAACUAGAAAGCAUGAAUGAAGCAAGGAAGAAAGCUAAUGAGGAGAAGACUAAAUUCCUGAAGGAUAGCAAGAACAGCAUCAAUAACCUUGAACAAGACCUUAAGAAAGUCAGGGCGGAGAACCGAGAACAAAAGGAAGAAAUUGCCUCGCUUAAGAAGACCAUAAAGGUAGAAAUUGAAGAAAAGAACCUCCUCAGAAAUAGGAUUAAUGACAUGAAAUCAAAGAGAAACAUAAAUUUGAAGAAGAAGAUAUGUUAUAAGUGUAACCAAGAUUUCUCAGAGAAGGAGAACUUCAAAUGGUCUUGUGUCACACAUUCAAGAGAAUGGAGUGGCAAAAUGUGGUGGUGCUGUGGAAGUACAGAUAAUCUCAACAAAGGAUGUGUCAAAGACUACCACGUCUCGAAAUCAUACAAUGAUACAGAUAAAUUGAACAACAGAGAAACAGAAAUGCAGCUGAAGACACAAUGAAGAUGAUGUAAGCAGAAGGGGCAUUCAACUCAGAACUGACCUCUGGACCCAAAUUACAGAUCUAAUCACUCUAUCUCAGAUGAAUAUGCCAGAAUUCUAGGUCUGAAGGAUGUUGAGACUAAGAAGUUCGCCAAAGAUAGUUUGAAAGACACUAAGAAAUACCUAGAAAAUAUAAUUGCUCAAAAGAGUGAAAACCCGUUCAAAAGAGGAGUCCUGGCAUUUGACGACUACAAUUACACAUAUUAUAACAAAGAAAUUCUGCCUGAGAUGGAAGAACUGAUGGAAGACGAAUCUGACCUCAACUCCAGUGUGGCCAAGUCCAACCUCGAGGAGGGCGAAGGAGAGAGUGAAGAUGAGAAGGAUAAGGAUAAAGAUGCAGGUUCAAAGAAGAAAUCCAAACCUGAAAUCCAACGCAAGAAUUCUCAAGGCGAGGAAGAAGACCCCUUCACUUUGGAUGAGCUUAAGAAAAUUCAGAAAUAUCAACAGGAAGAUUUGUUCGAGGAUGUGCUUGAGAUAAAGACUUCGGCAAGGCUUGAGUUUUUAUCAUUAAAACCAUUGUUUUCACUAAAGGAGCAGAUUGAGGAUGCUGACCCUCCGAGCAGUCUGAAUAGGAAGAGCACAGUGAUGUCAAACAGCCGAAGAGGAGAUGAACAAGAAGUUGGCCUUUCUAAUAUUCCGAAUCAAAAAUUUGGAAAGGAGCUAGGAGCUGAAGAGGUAAGCUCUAUUGAAGAUUCUAUGCGGAGGGAUUUGGAUCACAACCUUGAUGUCACUGCUCCAAUUGGGAAAAUUGAUAAUUCUUACUCCCAUUUGAUGAAGGACCAUAAUGGAACUGAUAAUGACUACACAGAUAAUGAUGACUUAAACGAGACUCAAAGACACAUGACGACUAAUAUGAAUGAAGCUAAUCCCAAGAAUGUAGCUGGGGCACUUGCUCCUUCUUAUAUUGCAUCUGUUUUAGGCCAGAAAGAUGCAUCAAUUCCAAAGAAAAUGUCAAAGAGAAGCAAAACUAAGCAUUUGGUGAGUGACAAGAGUAGAACUACAAUGACAAAGAAUAUCAGCAGUGAGGUCAAGCCAAAUGCUUCUGGUAAUUUAAUGAAGACUCCAGAGCUUGGCCCUGCCACUAAUCUUGGAAGCAGGAGAUUUGGAUCCUUAUUUGAGAACAUGUAUCUUGAUGAAGCAGAAUUUGCGAACGUCGGUAGGCAAAGGUCACUACUAAUUUCUAAAGAUGAAGACAUUCAUAAAUAAAUGCUAAUUUUUAU